UUAGAUUUGUGAACGUUUUUAUUUCGUUGCCGUUUAGAAUAUCAAAAUAUAGUUUAUUUUACUGCUUGUAUUGGUUUAAAACCAUUUAUUCAAGAUGGGGAAAGGUUUUAAUAAUUAUAUGACAAAGAAAUUUUUCCAUCCUUCCAGUAAAGAAAACAUAAAAAGAGUAUGGAUGGCCCAGCAGAAAACGACAUUCGAGCAGAAGAAGCAGGAGGAUUUGAUGAACCAGUAUCAGAAGGAACAGGACAUGCUGCACAACAGAGCUCUGCUGGGUGAUGAAAAAGCAAAACUUGGGCUAAGUUUUUUAUAUGAUGCUCCACCAGGUCUGAAAAACAAAGAGAAGGAGGAGGAUGAACCGGAGUACAAGUUUGAGUGGCAGAGGAAGUUCAAUGCUCCAAGAGAAGCAUAUGCCAAAGAUGAUGAAACAAUUCGUGACCAGCCGUUUGGUAUUGAAGUGCGUAAUGUGCGCUGUAUCAAGUGUCGACAGUGGGGUCACGUGAACACUGACAAGAUCUGUCCUUUAUACCUCACGAACCUCACGGCUGAACCACCAAAACCUGAGAACAGCACAUCGUCGCUGGUGGAGGGUCUCAAGGAAGAGGGUUUCCGAUUCAAGGACAGCGUGCUGGGAAGACUGAUGGAGACCGGGGGAGGAGGAGGGAGGGCAAUAUCCGAGAGUGAAGACGAAGAUGAUCCGGAAGUCCAAUUCCUCAAGUCACUGACUCCGUCACAGAAGAAAAAACUUAUGAAAAAACUGGACAAACUUCAGGGUGGAAAGGAAAAGAGUAAAAAACACAAAAAGAAAGGAAAAAAGUCUCGAAGAAAUGACUCGGACAGUGAAUCUUCAGAUACUGAAAGAAAACCCAGCAAGUCUCGAAUGGAUCAUCAUUCAGAUUACGCCAGAGACAGAGGACGUGAAGAAAGAAAGAAUCAUCACUCAUCACGUGAUGAUAUGAGACCAGGAGACUAUGACCGGUCACGAGACCGACGAGAUGACACAAGAAUGAGAGAAGAAACAAGAAACAGAGAAGGUAGACGAGAUGACAGAAGAGACAGACAGAGGGCUGAAAUAGAUCACAGGAGAGAAAGAAAGGACCAGUACGUCUCAGAAAGAGAAAGAACAGAUACGAGAGAAAGAAAACGACACAGAUACGACAGUUCACCCAAGAGGGAGAGAAGUGUUGAUAGAAAGAAAAUGAAAAAGGAAGAUGUUACUGGUAGUGACAGUGAUAGUUCCCCGCUUAGAGAGAAAUCAAAGAACAGAAAAGAAAGAAGUCAUUCGACAAAAGAGCACCAUAAAAUAAAGAAGGAAGAUGUUACUAGUAGUGACAGUGAUGGUUCCCCAGUUAGAGAGAAAUCAAAGAACAGAAAAGAAAGAAGUCAUGAGAAGGAAGGACGAAAGAAAAUGAAAAAAGAAUACACUACUAGUAGUGAUAGUGAUAGUUCUCCGGUUAGAGAGAAGUCAACGAAAAACAAAGAAAGGGCCCACAUGAAAGAAGAACGACAUAAAGUACAGAAGGAAUAUGGUUCAAGUAGUGACAGUGACAGUGACAGUCCUCCUGUUGGACAGAAAUCAAAGAAAGGAAAAUCAAGAAAGCGAUACGACAGUGAAAGUUAUGUAUCGCCAGAAAGAGAAAGAAGGGAUGACCAAAAAAGAAAUAGAUCCCACAAUGAAUCGAGAGUGAGAAAGGACAGGAAUAGCGGUGAAAGGAAGAUAAAACGCUGAUCAGAAAGAAACAAAGUAACUUUAGUGGACAUUCAGAUGGUUAGGACCCAUUUAAAACAUCCAUUUGUAAUUCAUUUACAAGUUAGAAAUGGCAGGUGACGAGACAUUUUAUUUAAGUAGAUUUGCAGUUUUAUGUAAAUGACAUGGAUGAUCCUAUUACGAUUUCCAAUAUUAAUUUAUCUCGGAGAGGAUUGUCAAAUUCCAUAUAUCUGUAUAUAAAGGUUUUCUCUUUUUCUGAGAUGAUUGUGUCCACAAAAUGAUAUUUUUAAAUGCUCAUUACCUGUUCUGUGACAUUAUGUGGUUUUAUAACAUCAGUCUGUAUCUUAUAUUAGGUACCUUUGACAUUGUGGCAAUGUAUGUACAAUUCAGCAAGUAAUACUUCAUAUGUAGGUGAUAUUUAAAAUGAACCUUUACAUUGGGUAGCACGUUUUAUUAUUUUGUAAAUCCUUGUUUGUGAAUAAUUGUUAAUAAACUGGUAUCAUUUGAUGUUCACUCACAGUGAUACUAAUUCCUGUACA